AUGAGUGAUAAAGGAUUUACGAGUAAUCAAGAAUACCCUUCGCAACAACCCCAACAGGGUUAUUAUUAUCCUCCGCCACCACCACCACCAAAUUAUCAACCUCAAAAUACUAGUUAUUAUAAUGCUCAACCACCUCCAGCACAACAAGGGUACUAUCAACCAACACCACAACCACAACCAAUUAUCAUUCAGCAACAACCCCCAAAACAGAGUAAUACUAGUUCACUUUGUUUAGGAUGGUAA